CCACAAUACCGGCCUUGGGGAAGCCUCGCGUGGUUAGUUACCGAGGGCUGUUUCCUUCGCGUUACGGAGUGACUAGGGAGGACUGUACGUUUGGUCUCUGGACGGCAAGAAAUGGCUUUGGCGAAAAGAAGCCGUUGGGUCCGCGAAGGAUGUGAAAAGAGAAGUUAAGGCGCUGACAGGCAGGAAGCUGUUGGAAGAGGGUUGACCGCCUGAUCUUCCCGCGCAGAGCGCUUCUGUUUUUCUUCAGGACUGGGUUAAGCCUCGCCGGCCUCCGUAGGCGGGGAGGCCAAAGUGCCGGUCAACAUGGAAGUGAAUCCCCCUAAGCAGGAGCACCUACUGGCCCUGAAAGUGAUGCGGUUGACUAAGCCUACUCUAUUUACCAAUAUCCCAGUAACAUGUGAAGAGAAAGACUUACCAGGUGAUCUCUUUAACCAGCUCAUGAGAGAUGAUCCUUCAACUGUAACUGGUGCAGAAAUUUUAAUGUUGGGAGAAAUGUUAACUUUACCACAGAAUUUUGGAAACAUAUUUUUGGGAGAAACUUUUUCCAGUUAUAUCAGUGUUCAUAAUGAUAGCAAUCAAGUUGUAAAAGACAUAUUGGUAAAAGCUGAUCUUCAGACAAGCUCACAGCGUUUAAAUCUUUCGGCCUCCAAUGCUGCAGUAGCUGAACUAAAACCCGAUUGCUGUAUCGAUGAUGUCAUACAUCAUGAAGUAAAGGAGAUUGGAACACACAUCUUGGUGUGUGCAGUGAGUUAUACAACUCAGGGUGGAGAAAAAAUGUACUUUAGAAAAUUCUUCAAAUUUCAGGUUCUCAAACCACUGGAUGUGAAAACCAAAUUUUACAAUGCAGAGAGUGACCUCAGUUCUGUGACUGAUGAAGUGUUUCUGGAAGCCCAGAUUCAGAAUAUUACAACCUCACCAAUGUUCAUGGAGAAAGUUUCAUUGGAACCAUCAAUAAUGUACAAUGUAGCAGAAUUAAAUUCAGUCAACCAAGCUGGAAAAUGCAUAACUACAUUUGGGUCCAGAACAUAUCUGCAGCCAAUGGAUACACGCCAGUACUUGUACUGCCUAAAGCCCAAGAAGGAGUUUGCAGAAAAAGCAGGCAUCAUUAAGGGAGUUACAGUAAUUGGAAAAUUGGACAUUGUAUGGAAAACAAAUCUAGGCGAAAGAGGAAGAUUACAGACCAGCCAACUUCAAAGAAUGGCUCCAGGUUAUGGCGAUGUCAGAUUGUCUCUGGAGGCAAUUCCAGAUACUGUAAAUCUAGAAGAACCUUUUCAUAUUACCUGUAAAAUAACAAACUGCAGCAGUGAAAGGACCAUGGAUCUGGUUUUGGAAAUGUGCAAUACCAAUUCUAUCCACUGGUGUGGCAUUUCCGGAAGACAACUCGGAAAGCUACAUCCAAGUUCCUCUCUCUGCCUUGCCCUUACGCUGCUGUCUUCAGUGCAAGGACUGCAAAGCGUUUCCGGCUUACGACUAACAGACACGUUCUUAAAGAGAACAUACGAAUACGAUGACAUCGCGCAAGUCUGUGUGGUCUCUUCAGCCGUUAAAGUGGAAGACUGAAGAAAAGUUCCCAAUGUUACUAUUUUCCUUGAGUUUCACAGAACUUUUGGCAUUCUGUCACCUUUGUAAAAAAGACCAAGUCAAUAGCAAAUAUAUAUAUUAUUUAAAUUUCUUUUCUGUAAAACAAAAUAUUAAAUUUUUUUUUGAAAAGACAAAUCUACAGAUUUUACCUCAUGUGUUCUAUGUAAAAGAUGUUUAUUUUGGUAAGGCCCCUGCAAGGAUCUAGAACAUUUGGAUCUGCAAACUCCAUGAAAAGAACCAGAUAUGAAGUAUUUUAGAUUUUGCACACCACAUGGUUUCUGUCUAAAGCACUCAACUCUGCUGUUGUAGGGAAGAGGAAGCCAGUAACAAAAGGCAUGAUAGUGUUUAUAGAAACGAGGAUUUGACCUGCGGGCUAGUUUGCUGACCAGUCUGAAAGAGAAAGCUGUUUCCUAGACUUUUAUGUUCUCGUAACAUUUUAUUUUAGAACUAUUUCAGUUAAACCCCUUAGUCAACAACAAAACUUGGACUAGUCCUUGUAUGACUAGCAGUAUAAAUUUUUAUAGUUUUCAUAAUUGCUAUGUAUUUGUGUACACAGGUCUUAAGCUUCAAUUACUGAGAAACAUAUCAGAGUUGAAUUCAUUUCUUAGGUUAUUUAUUUCUCUUGACAACAAAGUCUUACAAUUUACCAAUUCUCAGCCAAAAUGUCUUGUUUUUUUCCAUUGGAAAGUAGACUUAUAGACAUAUUUAAAGGAUUUCUAGUUCCUGAUGAUUAAUUUGAACUCUAAAUCAUUUAUUAAUAUCAUAAAAUUUUCUCUGUGUGUAAUCACACUUAUUAAGUCAGGAACCAAGUUAAAAUAAGAAAAUUAAGUUUGUAAGCACUUUGCAACACGAAUGUAAUAAAAGCUUCAAUAUUUUGUCAGGAAAACUAAAACUCAAGCUGCUAAAACUCAUUUUGAUUAUUUGAAAUUUAAAAAAAUACAUAUGUAUAGAUAUAUAUAUAUAUAAUCCCAUAAGUAUAUGAGUGCAUUAAGUCAAAUACAAAAAUGUUUUUUCCUCAAAUACAUAAUUAUUUAUUGCCAUGACAAAUUAUUUGACCCAGAAUAAAAGCUAUAAUCCAAAUGAGAUUUGCCCCUUAAAUUGGAGUAAUAAUUAAUGAAAUGCCUAUGAAAAAUAAAGUGCAAACUAUAAAACCGAAA